AUGGCGCUGGAGGAGUGGAGGCAGUGGCUGUUCAACUUCAACAUCUCCUACCGCCCAGGGUCUAAGAAUGUGAAGCCAGAUGCUCUCUCUCGCCUAUACAGUUCCGCUGCCACAUCCUCUGACUCUGAGACCAUCCUACCUACCUCAUGCCCUGCGGCUUCAGUUGUCUGGGGUAUUGAGGCCCUGGUCUGCAAGGCACAGCGGUCCCAGCCGGACCCUGGAGGGUGCCUGGCUAACCGAAUGUUCAUCCCAGAUCCUGGCUCCUGUCGAACCCUGGCCUUCCUCCGACAACGCUUCUGGUGGUCAACUAUGGUUCCUGACGUCUCUGCCUUCGUCAACGCAUGCACAGUAUGUGCCCAGAAUAAGACUCUGUGCACCAGCACGUCCAACCUGCUUGUCUACCUGGGCCGGCAGAAUCAGCAAAGCAUCAACUCCAACGAGGUAUCCCAAACAGUCUCUCAGAUCAUCUGCAACCCGAACUACAACAGUACAACCAGCGACAAUGACAUAUGUUUGCUGAAGCUCUCGUCACCCGUCACCUUCACUGACUACAUCCAGCCGGUCUGCCUGGCAGCAGUGGGCAGCACCUACUACACUGGCACUACUAGCUGGGUGGCCAUUCACAGGCAAAUGCUGUCUCUCCUCUGUUUGUCUUCUCCAGUGUGUGGCAUUGCUUCUCUCAACACAAAGAUUGUUGGGGGUCAGGAUGCAGUUGCAGGGAGCUGGCCAUGGCAGGCCAGUCUGCACAGCUCCAACAGCCAUUUUUGUGGAGGCUCCCUUAUCAACAAAGAGUGGGUGCUGACUGCCGCUCACUGCUUCCCCAGCACCAGCACGUCCAACCUGCUUGUCUACCUGGGCCGGCAGACUCAGCAAAGCAUCAACUCCAACGAGGUAUCCCAAACAAUCUCUCAGAUCAUCUGCCACCCGAACUACAACAGUGCAACCAGCGACAAUGACAUAUGUUUGCUGAAGCUCUCGUCACCCGUCACCUUCACUGACUACAUCCAGCCGGUCUGCCUGGCAGCAGUGGACAGCACCUACUUCACUGGCACUACUAGCUGGGUCACCGGAUGGGGCAAUAUCAAUAGUGAUGUGCCCCUUCCAUCACCCGGGACCCUACAGGAGGUGACUGUGCCAGUAGUGGGGAACAGGGAGUGUAGCUGUCUCUAUACUGGAUUUAGUUCAAUCACAAACAACAUGAUCUGUGCUGGUCUACUGAGUGGAGGAAAAGAUUCCUGUCAGGGAGACUCCGGGGGGCCAAUGGUGAGCAAACCGGGUCAGGUCUGGAUACAGUCUGGAGUUGUGAGUUUCGGACAAGGCUGUGGCGACGCAAAUUUCCCAGGAGUGUACACCCGAGUGUCCCAGUACCAGACCUGGAUCAACAGCCAGAUCAGCACUGACAUGCCAGGCUUCGUCACCUUCUCCUCCAGUGGGACUGACUCUGAUCUCAAUGUCUCCUGUAAUGCACUGUCCAAUGGGAUCACACUCUUCUCCCUCUCUCCUAUUCUCGUAUUUCUCUAUCUCUUCUAA